AUGACGGUUUUUUGGAUAACCGUCUUUUCACUUUCGAAGAAGAUGCUUUCUCCAUACAUGCUUAAAUGCUCCAGCGGUGGUUCAGCCAUCCGCAAGAUGGAUAACCUCGCCCAGCAGCUUGCCAAGGAAUAUGGCGCUGAUAAAAUCCACAAUUUCACAAUCGGAAACCCACGUGUUCCACCACCAAAGGCCUACACAGAAGCCCUUAAGGAAAUUGCCGCCGAAGAAAUCCCUCUUUGCCACGGCUAUUCAUCAACACAAGGUGAUGAGAAGCCACGCCAAGUUCUUGCUGACUUAUUCAGUGAGAUCCAGGGUGUAAAGAUCAAUGCUGACUGCAUUAUCCUUUCCUCUGGCUGCGCAGGCGCUAUCAACGUUGCUCUCAGAACAAUCCUCAACGUUGGAGAUGAAGUCAUCCUUACAGCUCCAUACUUCCUUGAAUAUCCAUUCUACAUAGAGAACUGGCACGCUACAGUCAAAGUCCUCGACACAACAUUCGAAGACAACUGGCAGAUCGAUCCAACAAAGCUCGAGGAAGUCAUCACACCAUUGACACGUGCUAUCAUCAUCAACUCCCCACACAACCCAACAGGCACACUCCUUUCUCAGGAUACAGUCAACAAGAUGUGCGAAGUUCUUGACCGCAAGUCCAAGGAAUACGGCCGCCCAAUCUACGUCAUCUCCGAUGAUGUUUACUGCCGUGUCCUCGCUCCAGGCGCCAAGCACCACCAGAUCUUCAACGUUUACCCAUAUUCCAUCGUCGCAUACUCUCUCUCCAAGGAUCUUUCAAUCCCAGGUGAGCGUAUCGGCUGCAUCAUCGUCAACCCACUCCUUCAGAACUACAAGCUCCUUGUUCACUCACUUGCUCAUGCAAACGAAAUCAUGGGCUUCGUCCAUGCCAACCGUCUCCACAUGAGAAUCAUUCCAAAGGUUGUUCCAAACACAUCAGACAUCCACCUCUACAACGAAUCCCGCAAUAUGAUCUGCAAGGCUUUCGAUGAGUGCGGAAUUAAGUACAUCAAGCCAGAAGGUGCUUUCUACAUCUUCCCGAAGAUCCCAGAUGGCAUCCCAGAGUGGGACUUCUGCGAGUGCCUCGCCAAGAACUUCAUCAUCGUCGUUCCAGGCUCUGCAUUCGCUAAGGAAGGCUUCUUCCGCCUUUCAUUCUGCAAGCCACCACAGGAUAUCGCUGUUGCUAUCCCAAUCCUCAAGAAGGCCGUCGCCGAAGCAAUGAAGCUCAAGAAGGAGUAA